AUAAUUUUCUCUCUGUUUUGUCUAAACAGACAAAGCCUCAUAAUAAGUGACGCAGUCGACACAGCUCAUCACUGCUGCAUUAGCAUUGUUCGGAACUCUGGGGGACAUUUUCACAAACACCUAGAGCUUAGAAAUUCUCUGCCAUAGCUUCGAGCUCGUUCGAGUGUCACAAUGAGUUUCAGAGAAGAGAGUGGGGAAGGAAGGGACCUUCAGAAACCGUUCCUUCACACGGGGAGCUGGUACAAAAUGGGUUCGAGGCAAUCCAGCUUGAUGGGGUCCACCACUCAGGUCAUGCGCGAUGGCUCCGUCUCCGUUCUCUUCUGCGUCCUCAUCGCCGCCUUGGGCCCCAUUCAAUUCGGUUUCACGUGUGGGUAUUCUUCUCCGACUCAAGAUGCUAUAAUCAGCGAUCUAGGGCUCUCGAUUUCGGAGUUCUCUCUGUUUGGAUCUUUAUCGAAUGUGGGUGCGAUGGUUGGAGCUAUAGCCAGUGGUCAGAUAGCAGAAUACGUUGGGCGCAAAGGGUCAUUGAUGAUUGCUGCAAUUCCCAAUAUAAUUGGGUGGCUCGCCAUUUCUUUCGCCAAAGACUCCUCGUUUUUGUUUAUGGGGAGGUUGUUGGAAGGUUUUGGCGUUGGGAUUAUCUCUUAUGUGGUGCCUGUUUAUAUAGCUGAGAUAGCACCUCAAAAUAUGAGAGGUGGCCUUGGAUCAGUGAACCAGCUUUCUGUUACAAUUGGAAUAUUGCUGGCUUAUGUGUUGGGCCUUUUUGUCAACUGGAGAGUGCUUGCAAUUCUAGGAAUUUUGCCUUGUACAGUAUUAAUACCUGGGUUAUUUUUCAUACCAGAAUCUCCCAGAUGGUUGGCCAAAAUGGGGAUGACAGAUGAGUUUGAGGCUUCUUUGCAAGUGUUACGAGGAUUUGACACAGAUAUAUCUGUUGAAGUACAUGAAAUAAAGAGAUCUGUGGCAUCAACGGGUAAAAGAGCUACAAUCCGAUUUGCGGAUCUCAAGAGGAAAAGAUAUUGGUUCCCCUUAAUGGUAGGAAUUGGAUUACUUGCACUUCAGCAAUUGAGUGGUAUCAAUGGAGUUUUGUUCUAUUCAACUACCAUCUUUUCAAAUGCAGGAAUUUCAUCCAGCAGUGUUGCUACAGUUGGGCUUGGAGCUAUUCAGGUCGUAGCGACUGGAAUCACUACUUGGUUGGUGGACAAGAGUGGCCGGAGGCUGCUUCUAAUAAUAUCCUCAUCUGUAAUGACAAUUAGCCUUCUUCUUGUUUCUAUAGCAUUCUAUUUGGAGGGAGUCAUAUCAGAGGAUUCUAAGCUAUACAGCAUUUUGGGAAUACUCUCUGUUGUUGGUAUCGUGGUUAUGGUAAUUGGAUUCUCUCUAGGACUUGGACCAAUCCCUUGGCUUAUAAUGUCUGAGAUACUUCCAGUGAAUAUAAAGGGCCUUGCUGGCAGUAUAGCCACCAUGGCAAAUUGGCUGAUUUCAUGGGUGAUCACAUUGACUGCAAACUUGCUUUUAACAUGGAGCAGUGGAGGGACAUUCACAAUCUACACAGUGGUAGCUGCCUUUACUGUUGUUUUUACGGCAUUAUGGGUCCCUGAGACCAAGGGAAGAACAUUGGAAGAAAGGACCGGACUAAUGACGUAG